CCUAGCAGUGGAGUUGUCGCUGAUUUCUUUGAGGUGAGGUGCCUGGGCUAGCCCGGCCUGGCGUUGGAUUGUAUGGCCUGGGCUUCUCGUUGGCUCAGGUCAGGUCAGGUCCGCGCUUGGGGCCCGGGGGCAGGUGCUUCUACUCUCUCCCCGUCCCCGUCCCAUCUCUUGCUUCUCUUUCCCCUUUCCCAAACUUGAUCUCCCCAUCAACGUUACCGACGUCGCCUUCGAUCUCUCUUGGGGCCUUCCCCUUCGACCGCCUUUCCUUUCGACUCGAAUCGAUCGCCCUUGAGCUGCCUGAUUCUAUUCUUUUUUGGCAUCUCUUCUUUUAAUUGAGGUGAGUCAAUUUGAUUUUGACUUCGAUUUACUGGAGGUGGUCUGUUCAGCGUUGUUGUGGUCCCUCCGACAAAGAGGCAGCUCCCGAGCCGUGGAUAUCGGGUUGGUUCCAGCGUCUUGUUGUGUGCAGCACUUUGCCAAUUCUUUCUGGCCAAACCGUUGCAUUCGAACUCUUUCAGCAUACUUCAAGAGUAUGCAACGCUUGAUCGCUGUGUCGCCUCAUUUCUUAUACAUUGCGUCUAAAAGGAUCUUCUCGGCAUCGCCUUUUUAGGGGGUUCUACUGCGACUGGCGGCUGUGCCCUUGGACUGGAGGUGUCUAUUUUACCGCGCCUCCAAUCAACAUCCCAGUACCGUGCCAACAGGACAGCCCAACCUGGUCAAUCCAUCGCCUCAUCCUUCAGUCGUCCAACCGCGAGCAGCGCCACAGCUUCCGUUUCUUUUCCUUCUUCAUACACUCGCGUACAUGCUGCAUCGCCAUCAUCAGUUUCAUCAAAACUAACCGCUGCCUCGCGCACCUUCUUUGUAGGCAUCGUUUUAUUGCACCAGUUUCGACAUUGAGCACGAGUUACGCCCUUAUCCAAACGACCGAUCCUCCUGCAUCUGUUUCGAUAUAUUGCAACGGUGGUCCUCUGACCGCCUUCGCCGCCUAAAUGGCUUCGUCAUCAUCCAACGUGGUUGGUGUUCACUACCGAGUUGGCAAGAAGAUUGGAGAGGGAUCUUUUGGCGUUAUUUUUGAAGGCACCAAUUUACUCAACAAUCAACAAGUCGCUAUCAAGUUUGAACCUCGCAAGAGUGAUGCUCCCCAACUGCGAGAUGAGUACCGGACUUAUAAGAUCCUCGUGGGCUGCCCUGGUAUUCCCAAUGUUUACUACUUCGGCCAGGAGGGUCUCCACAACAUUCUCGUGAUCGACUUGCUCGGUCCUUCCCUUGAGGAUCUUUUCGAUCACUGUGGCCGAAGAUUCUCCAUUAAGACGGUUGUCAUGGUUGCCAAGCAAAUGCUUUCGAGGGUUCAGACCAUUCACGAGAAGAAUCUCAUUUACCGCGACAUCAAGCCCGACAACUUCCUCAUUGGGCGCCCUGGCACCAAGGCUUCCAGCGUUAUCCAUGUGGUUGACUUCGGCAUGGCCAAGCAGUACCGUGACCCGAAGACGAAGCAACAUAUCCCAUACCGCGAGCGAAAGUCCCUUUCUGGAACUGCACGAUACAUGAGUAUCAACACCCAUCUGGGCCGUGAGCAGUCCCGCCGAGACGAUCUCGAAGCUCUUGGUCAUGUCUUCUUGUACUUUCUUCGAGGUGGUCUUCCUUGGCAGGGAUUGAAGGCGGCCACCAACAAGCAGAAAUAUGAGAAGAUUGGCGAGAAGAAGCAGACAACUGCUAUCAAGGAUCUCUGUGAGGGUUUCCCCGAGGAAUUCUCCAAGUAUUUGACGUAUGUCCGAAAUCUGGGCUUCGAGGAUACUCCUGACUACGAUUACCUCCGGGAGCUCUUCACACAGGCUCUCAAGAACACUGGCGAGGUUGAGGAUGGCGAGUAUGACUGGAUGAAGAUUUCUAAGGAUUCGGGAAAGGGAUGGGAUUCGAAGAACCACAGCGGCGCGUACCUCCACAACCCCAACGUGCGGCCUGGCCCCUCUCAGAUGGAGCUGCACAGCGGCCACCGUCCCGGGAAUACCACCUCUCACCAACAAGCACAAAACCUUACUGUCGGCCGUUUAAACGCCGCGCAACCCCCUCCUCCGUCUCCGAUCAAGCAGAUGGGCAAGCAGAGAGAUCGGCCAAGCGCCCCCGGCGCCUUGUCAGCGCAGAGGGGGAGCGGGGUUGGGGGUCUUCGGGACAUGGCCACGCCCACUGGCUCGACCCAGGCUCAGUUCCAGAACAGUGCCCAGAACCUGCCUCAGCAGCCGAGGACGUCCCAACAAGGCCAGGCGACCCAGCCCGCUCAGGCUAGCGGUCAACAGGCCAAUCCUCAGCCCAGUGGCUUCCAGAAGUUGAUGAAGACUCUAUGCUGUGGUUAAGCGUACUCUGGUAUACAGCUAAGAAUUUUCUUUGUUUCUUCAUUGCUGCGGCGUUUUGCAUCAGGAUCUGUAUUAUGUCGACAGACUCCGGUUCAAGAGGGUUGCCCGAUUUAUUCAGAACCGGGUUGUGGUUGAUGGUUGAAAUGCCCAACUGAAGCUCAGUCCUGUUUAUAGAUGGAUGAGGUGGUGGAUGCCUAGGCACAGUAGAGCUUACCUCGACCGAGUUGGUUCGAGUCACAAACAAAGUCCAGGGCCUUUCGCCCAUGCAUCUUGGUUACCUUCAAAAGCGCACUGUUUUCGAACUCGAACCCCAUCAUCUGGGCAUUAUAGAGCCCUUUGGCCGCCAACGAACCGUUCUUAGCAGUCGAUAUACUUGCAUGACACCCUUUGAAGCGGAAGCAGAUCUCGUUUGGGACUACGGCGGAGGGCACUCCUUUCUCUUGUCUGGCAAGCCAUUACGAAAUAUACUAAAACCACGUUUAAUCUUCAGCGCAGCGCAGCAAGGCGCAAGGAGACGGUGCAGGGCAGCAUUUUUGGGUUUGUUUGGGUUGUUUCUUCUCUUUUUUCUUAUGACGCUGUCCAUAAUAACUUUGUGUAAUCGCUCACGAGACGAAAGCUAUCAUCGGUGUGCCUGAUGGCACCCAGUCUUGCCUGGUGUAGAUGGAGAGAUCAGUUAGCGUGGGGAUGAAUUUGAAGUUUACAGGCUUGGUGAUUAGUUGUGAAACGAAGAUAGAGCACUAUAGGGAGUUGUCGUUCUUUUGGCAAUUUUAUAAUGGGAAAAGAAAAAGGCGUCGCCAUCUUUAUCACAGUCCUCAGUUCUACCUUUUCGAGUAUGCAUUUAGGUACACGAUAUAAUAACCAUCAUCAUGUGCAUGUAACAUUACACGGCCAUCGCCAUUGCAAGAUGACCUCCCCGCCGUAGCUUGAAUGCCCAACGAUCUCUUUUAUCCUUUUCUGGUACGCAAUCCAUCAACACCCGACCCGAUAAACGA